AUGUCCACCUUGAAAAAGUUCCAGAAUGAUGAUGGUGAUCUUGACAUUUAUUUAUUUAAAAGUUUGUCAAAAUGGUCUCUCCCAUUUUCUAUCUCUUAUCUCCUGUUGCUAGCCGGAUGGCGAAAGACAAUGUACGUUAUGUUUUGGCAACCAAAACUCCCUCUUGACUCCUUUUGGCCUAUUGGCUGCAAGCCUGCAACGCACUCACACCAACAAAACCGGAAAAAGGGAAAAUCCACAGAUGGCUGCUUCUUUCUUCUUCCUCCAACUUCCACUACCGUCUUCCAUUCCUCUGCCUCCCAUCACCAACAUGAUUUUUUUAUACAGAUUUGUAUUGUUAUCGAUGGCGAAGCUUUGAGUUUACUUCAUGGUGAAAUCUUAUUGUAG